CAGAAACUUUUUGAAUGCUGACAUGGUGUUCGAAGGGAAUCUUUAUUGGAGCAUUUUGGAUUUUCUGAUUAGGGAGACUUAACUGGUAAGAAAAUAUUCCAAAAUUCAAAAUAAUUCAAAAUUCAAAGUGCUUGGGACCACAGAAGUGGUCCCAGGCAUUUCGGAUAAAGGAUACUCAGCCUGUAUGCAACAAGCAAUAAAGGAUAUUGCUCUGAUGUCAGUCAGCAAGUUUCUUCUCUCUAAGUGCUUAAGAUAACUUAUAGCCAAGGGAAUAGUUCUGGUCUGAACCUUCUUCUAGAAGAAUCUUCCAGAGUCUGGGAAUCCUUUUGUGUUUGUGUCUUAUACUUCUCUAGUUUUCCUAGAAUAUUUGCUUCAUGCCUCAGGGCCCUUUUUAAAUCUAAGGUAGCCUUUAAUCUUUGUAUCUACACUUGCUUGCUGCACAUUCUUUUAGUAGCCUAACCACAAUGCUGCCUGCCUGUUUUUUAUUUAGGUUUAUGGAAAUGAAAGUGUGAACCGUGCUUCUCCAUUUUUCAACAUGAGCCACUUUCUGACCUGAAACACUGAUUUAUGACUGUUGAGGUGGUGGGAGAAUGGUUUUAAACUUUUUGUGGGAAGAAUCACUUCCUGCUUACACAUCCUCUAUAAUAUUAAAUAUUCCCUAUGAAACAUUAGCUCAGGGGCAUCAUUGUUCAAUCAUUUCAUGAUCAUUAUUAUCUGGGAUAUAGUGUUACAUUUGAUUUGUACUAUAGUUUGCAGGUUGAAUUUAAUACAUAGUCCUUAAAAUUCCAGUUUUGAUAAAGUCCCGUAUCAUCAUAUUUUAAGUCUAAACAUCUUAAAAAUUUAUUUAAUAUGAAACCUUCACAUUAUAAUUGCCUAAAACUUGAAAGGGUUUGAAUGUAGUGUUUAUGAUGAUAUCAUUGAGCUCGUCGGUAUAUUUAUACCAAAUUAGCAAAUUUCUUUCUUUUUUUUCUCUGUGUCUUGCAGUAACUUGUCCAUCUUUAAGAGCUGCCAAAUGUUCUUGGAGCAUUUUGUUAUAUUAGUAUUUGCAUUUACACCUUUGGCAGGAAGCCAUCCAAAUUUGGAGAUAGGCUAUACAUGUUUCUUAUUCCUUUUAUAUAGCACUGUCUAAAUAGUCUUGCAAGGCUGAAGAGAUGACAUCUAUGAGCUUUUGGAAUCUAGUUGCCUAAGGAUAAACUGAGUUUGACUUCAUUAGUGCACAAAUGAUAGGUUUGUGUAGAGUUAUUAUAGCAUUAAUCAAUUUGAUGGAUUGGAAAUACGACAGAACUGAAGCAGCGUGUAAUAUUAGUGCCUAUUAUUCUACAAAUUAUGUCUUCACCUACAUUCAUAUGCCAGAGGAGUCGUGUUGUACAUUAAGAAUGCAGAACAACAACAAAAAAGAAACCAUCAGCAGAGUGUACCUCUCUUCAUGGCCCUUCUCUUGUUUCUCUUACAUUAGAUUGUUAAGAGAUGGACUUUGGAAUUAGACUCGAUUAUUAGGUCAUAGCACUUUCAUACUGUGAAAUACCCUGAACUGAGUGGAAUAAAUAGAUGAUCUGCCACCAGAAUGACUUAUCACCUAACCUGAUAAUUCGAGAGAAUACUGCAAGGAAUAUAUAAAAAUCUUUAAGAGACUUAGGGCUACAGAACCUUGGCCUGAAAAUGCUACAUUAUAUCAGCAACUGAAAGGGGAACAAAUUUUGCUUUCUGACAAUGCAGCUUCUCUUGCUGUGCAGGCCUUUUUGCAAAUGUGUAAUCUGCCUAUCAAAGUAGUUUGUAGGGCAAAUGCAGAAUAUAUGUCUCCAUCUGGUAAAGUACCUUUUAUUCAUGUGGGAAAUCAAGUAGUAUCAGAACUUGGUCCAAUAGUCCAAUUUGUUAAAGCCAAGGGCCAUUCUCUUAGUGACAGGCUGGAUGAAGUCCAAAAAGCAGAAAUGAAAGCUUACAUGGAAUUAGUCAACAAUAUGCUGCUGACUGCAGAGUUGUAUCUUCAGUGGUGUGAUGAGGCUACAGUAGGGGAGAUUACUCAUGCUAGGUAUGGAUCUCCUUACCCUUGGCCUCUGAAUCAUAUUUUGGCCUAUCAGAAGCAGUGGGAAGUCAAACGUAAGAUGAAAGCUAUUGGAUGGGGUAAGAAGACUCUGGACCAGGUUUUAGAAGAUGUAGACCAGUGCUGUCAAGCUCUUUCUCAAAGACUGGGAACACAGCCCUAUUUCUUCAAUAAACAGCCUACUGAACUUGAUGCGCUGGUAUUUGGCCAUUUGUACACCAUUCUUACCACACAAUUGACCAAUGAUGAACUUUCUGAGAAGGUGAAAAACUAUAGCAACCUCCUUGCUUUCUGUAGAAGAAUUGAACAGCACUAUUUUGAAGAUCAUGGUAGAGGCAGGUUGUCUUAGAGUUAUGUAUUAAUUUAGGUAAUUUGAUUUUAAAAAAAAUCAAACUUUUGAAAUUUGUUACUUGAAUGUUAUAAUAGAUACUGUAUCCAAAUUUUAAAGCCAAAUCACUGCUUUUUGAAACCUCAAAACAAAUUAUAUAAUGUAUCCUAUGUAUGUACUUUAUAUUGUUAUUUGUGUUGACAUUAAAAUAAUUCUGAAUUAUUUCAUUUGAUAUAUUGUAUUCCAUGUCUUAAAAUUUUUGUUUCCUUGAAACUGUAUGGAUUUAAAAAUAAAGCUUAAACAAUUG